UCCCCAGCGCGGGGCCCCGGGCGUUGUCUGACAGGAGAGCGGGGCGGAGGAGGGAGUUUCCGCGAGGCGGGACAAGGCCUCCGAGGGACCCUGGCCAGCCGGCCGCGGUAUAUAUAGCGUGUGGGAGCGGGGGGCAGCUGAGAUCAGCGCGCGGCCCAGCCUGGGUUUUGGCAGCACAAAGGAAUUGGAUGUUUCAGACUACAGAUAUCUACAAUUUCUUCUUGUGAACUACAAAUCUCAGUAUGGAGGCCUAAGCCCCUUAAAAGGGACUUCAGUCUGAAAUCUGGGAGGUAGUUUUGUGCACAAAUAAAGAAACUAAAGUUAACAAAAUAUAUUUCUGUAUUGACCAGUGUAAGUUCUGUUUGCUUUCUGAACAUGGCCUACAGAGAUCUUUUAAUUAAUCCAUAUAAAAUACUAGAAUAUUCUAGCAUAAAGCCAUAUAUUUGUAUUAAAUGUUAUAAGAGUAUACUUGUACCCAAGCAACCUGGCUUAGUUUAUGAUGCCCAGAGUUGAGAGUGUCAUGGAAGAAAACACACUCGGUCUGUUCCAGGCCGGUGGGUAUAUGUGACAAGUUGGUGGUGUCACUGCUGUGGUCAAGAAUCAUUCUUGCUGGAGCUAUAGCUCUGCUGUAUGUAAGGUUGUUGAGUAUAACCUUUAAUUUUGUUUGUAGCGUCUUGCAUAUCUUUGGGUGAGGAUUGCUAAAACAAAGAGUAUUUUGUUUUGGCAGUCUGGCAUAUGAAUACACCUUCAGAAGUUUUAGGGCUGUUCUGUUUGUGCCUCUGUAAUGUCUCAGAUUAGAAUUUCAACAUAAGUAUGCGACGCUCUUAUCAAAACAAUCUUUACAGAUGUAUAAAAGCUGCAUUCAUAUUGGCUAUCUAGGAUGAAAUAAACACUUAAUUUUAAAUUGGAGCAUGAUAUUAAGAUGCAGUGUCUUCAGUUUUACCCAUUUUAGUUUCUUUAUUGGGGUGGAUUUUGAUCACCCUUACAUAUUUUUCUGUAUCUCUUCCACCCAACCUCCUUCUGCACCGAAGUGCCAUUGACUGUGAGAUGAGAAGUACAGUAUACUAAGGAAAAUGUGAUGUAUUGUGACAGGAAAGUCCAGUUGACAUACUUUCUGAACCUCCUAGAGUGUUGAGAUCGUGUAACUUUUCUCCAUUGAAAGCAGUUUUGCAGAUUAAAAUAAAAGCAGGACUUCCCACAUGUAUCAAAUCUGUUUAUGAAUCAUAAUUCAUUCCUUUCACAUGCGUUCAGUGUUACAAACCAAAAUGUUUCACUUUCAGGUCCUUACUCUUUUAUAUGGCCUGGGAGUUAUUCAAAAUCACCUCCAUGCACAAAACUACCUCCCAGAGAAAGACUUGUCCCAUUCUUCCCUAAUAUUUCAUUAUGAACAUAGUGGAAAGCAGCUCGUUCCUGGCUAAUCUGAUGAAUAACAGCACGGUGUGUGAACUGAAGUAUGAGUUGUCAUGUGAACUCUACAGAAUGUCCACGUUUUCUACUUUCCCUCUCAACGUGCCAGUGUCUGAAAGGAGUCUUGCUCGAGCUGGGUUUUAUUACACUGGUGUGAAAGAUAAAGUUAAAUGCUUCAGUUGUGGCUUGAUGUUGGAUAACUGGAAACAAGGUGACUGUGCUCUGGAAAAACAUAAACAGCUCUAUCCUAGUUGCAGCUUUGUUCAGAAUUUGCUUUCAGUUAGUAAUCUUGGAUCAUCCUCUCAUUCAGCCUUCUCACCUCCAGCCACAAUAAACAGUUUUUCACCAUCUUUGCAUUCCAUAACUGGUGCUCCAAGCUUAGAACAAAUUGGCUUUUUCAGCACUACUUUCUCCAGUUUUCCUCAAGAACCAGUAACUUCUAGGGCUGUUGAGGACCCAUCACACCUGCGAUCUAACUUUUAUAAUCCUGCAAUGAGCACAGAAGAUGCUAGGCUAUGUACUUUUCAGACAUGGCCCCUGACAUUUCUAUCCCCAACAGAUCUGGCCAAAGCUGGAUUUUACUAUACUGGGCCAGGAGACAAAGUUGCUUGUUUUACCUGUGGGGGUCAACUAAGUAACUGGGAACCGAAGGAUAAUGCCAUGUCAGAACAUAGGAGAUACUUUCCUAACUGCCCUUUUGUGGAAAAUAAAACUAGAGGCCAUCCAAUAUUCAGCAUUUCUAACCAGAGCAUGCAAACCCACGUGGCUCGUGUUAAAACAUUCAUAAACUGGCCAACAAGAAUUCCAGUUCGACCUGAACAACUUGCAAAUGCUGGGUUUUAUUACGUAGGUCGUAAUGAUGAUGUCAAAUGUUUCUGCUGUGAUGGUGGAUUGAGGUGUUGGGAGUCUGGAGAUGAUCCAUGGAUUGAGCAUGCUAAAUGGUUUCCAAGAUGUGAGUAUCUACUGCGAAUAAAAGGGCGAGAGUUUGUCAAUCAAAUUCAGGCGAGAUUCCCACAUCUCCUUGAACAGCUCUUGUCAACUUCAGAUACCCCUGUGGAUGAAAGUGCCAAUCCACCAACUAUUCAUUCAGAAUCUGGAGAAAGCCAUUCAGAAGAUGCAAUCAUGAUGAACACCCCAGUGGUUAAAGCAGCCUUGGAGAUGGGCUUUAGUAGAAGACUAAUAAAGCAGACAGUUCAGAGUAAAAUCUUAGCAACUGAGGAAAAUUACAAGACUGUUAAUGAUCUUGUGUCCGAUCUGCUUACUGCAGAAGAUGAAAAAAGGGAAGAGGAGAAGGAGAGACAAUCUGAAGAAGUGGCAUCGGAUGACCUGUCCUUAAUUCGGAAGAAUCGAAUGGCUUUGUUUCAGCAUUUGACAUGUGUGCUUCCUAUCCUGGAGAGUUUACUAUCGGCCAAAGUGAUAACUGAACUUGAACGUGAUGUUAUUAAACAAAAAACCCAAACGCCAUUGCAAGCAAGGGAACUGAUUGAUAUGAUUUUAGUGAAAGGAAAUGCAGCAGCCCACAUAUUCCGAAACUGCCUGCGAGAGUGUGAUCCUAUGUUGUACAAAGAUUUAUUUGUUGAAAAAAACAUGAAGUAUGUUCCCACAGAAGACACUUUAGGGUUACCCAUGGAAGAACAACUGAGAAGAUUACAGGAGGAAAGAACCUGUAAAGUUUGCAUGGACAAAGAAGUUUCUAUUGUAUUUAUUCCAUGUGGUCACUUAGUGGUGUGCAAAGAGUGUGCACCUUCCCUAAGAAAAUGCCCUAUUUGCAGGGGGACAAUAAAGGGUACUGUUCGUACAUUUCUUUCAUGAAGAGAGAACCUGCAAGCUCCUGUUCCUGUGCAUCCUAGCAGUGCUCAGGACUAACCCAGUGAUGUGUUAAGAAUGGAAAACUCUAGUAAAGAAGAUAAUGGAUAAAUUACUUGCUUAAUGUGGCUUAUGGGGUAAUAGUGGACUGUUGUGUGAGCAUGCUAGGCCUUAUGCUGCCAAAGAUCUUUUUUGAAACCUGUGUAAGUAAUUAUUUAAAAAUGAUGGAAACAUAAGAUCUAUUUUUUGUGAAGUAACUUUUUUUUCCAGAAAGUCUUAUCAAUGAGGAAGAGAUCUCAUAAACAUGCCUUUAUCCUAAUUUGAAAAGAAAUCCUUUACUAGUGAAGCAUUGUGUUCUAAUACAUUUAAUUUUAAAGCUGAGUCUUAAAUAACUGAAGCGUUUUCAUGAGACUUUCCUACAAAUGACACUUGAUACUUGUAAGACUACAGGAUCUUCUACUUCAGCUGUUCUGGUUGUAUCAAGACUUAAAAAAAAAUAGACUACAAAAAGACCUUAUAAAAGUCUGACAUUCUGUUAAUGUGUGUAUAAUUGAUAUUUAAUUAUAUGAAAACAGCAUUAAAAUGUUUUCAAUAAACUA